AUGACAUUUAUCUGUUUUUAUUUUAAGGACGUUAUCCGUUUGGAGACUCAAUACUGGUCGCUGGUAGAGAUCCCUCGCCAGGAGAAGGCGGAGACGGUGCCAGCAUUUGUACUAAGAGCGUGUGCUAUUAUGGAGAAGACUCAAAAGUCAGGUGAAGGAGUUAAGACUUCAGCCAAAUUAGCCGAAGAAGCCGCUGAUAGAAGGGAAAGGAUAGAAAGACUGAAUGACAUGACGACCUCCCAAAUUGAAGCUGAGAACACCCAGAUGACAAAUGACCUGUACCGCCUGCUGAAGAAGUACACCGGCUUAAGGAAUCUCAUCAGAGAGUUAAAGUCAGACUACGUAAGCUCGAAGGUGUAUCCGAUGUUCCCCCGAUACACAAUGUUGAAGGACAUGAUAAAGGACAUCAUGCAUGACCCCGACUACAUGGAAGUCUGCCAUGAGGUGGACCCAUAG